AUGAACGCCGAGGCAUAUCUGCGCAAGCAGGGCUGGCAGGGCUCAGGUCACUCUCUCGAUCAAUCUGGCCGCGGCAUCAAAAAGCCGCUUCUCAUCGCGCACAAGAAUGAUCAGCUAGGACUCGGCAAGAAGAAGGCCGCGCACACGACAGACGACCAGUGGUGGUUGCGCGCAUUCGACCAGAGCCUGCAAAGUAUCGGCACGGGAAAAGAUAGCACACUCGACCAGAUUCGAACGCAGGGCAUCUAUCGUGGCGGUCUAUAUGGCUUCUUCGUAAAGGGCGAGAUGAUUGGGGGUACCAUCGGAGAUACCUCAGCGACUACUACAGACGCAUCGAACCCUGCUUCUGGCACAAGCACUCCCCCUACAUCCGCAUCCGAUACCGAAACACCUGUGCCUACGAAGGAGAAAUCUGACAAGAAGAAUAAGCGCAAGCGAGAUGAAGCAGAGGCGCCAUCCGGCAAGAAGAGCAAGAAGGCCAAGGGUCGUACUGCAGAACUAAAGGAUGAUCGGAAAGCCGUGGCAAAGAAGCUCGCGAAGCUGAAACCCGCCGAAAAGACCGAUUACGAGACACGCGCCAAGGCAAAGGGUCAGACGCUCGAGCAAUACGUCCUUCGUCGCAUCCAGAAGAAGACCGAGACGCGCACAUCCAAGCAUGUGGAAGGAGUCAAAGAGAAGAAACAAAAGUCCGAUGAAAGGGAGAAGAAGAGCAAAAAAGCAGACAAGGCGCAAUAG